AUGACGAAGGAGGAGGUUUUAUCCUCAGCGCAACGCAUUCAACUGUUGCGUGAGCGUCUCGAGAUGUACAACGCCACAAUAGUGGAGGCCAUGGGUGUCGUCGCUGGGACUGCUAACAAUGAAGAAGGCACUUCCUUUAACGGUGGGGAAUCCGCGUCGCCGCCGUCCUCUUCAAGAAUCAGGGUCGGCCAUAAUGGCGUGAAUAGUUCGUUACAUACCAUUAGGAAAAGCAAGACUGAUCAUCCGUACCAUGUGGAGCGGGGGAAUGCGGCUGAUUUUGAAUCGUCUCGUGUGGUGGGCGGUGAUUCGCGGCGUGGCGAUCGGCGAGCGGCACCUCCUCCUCCACCCUCCCCACCAAAAGAUGGUCAUCAACGGGAUCUCGCAUCGCGGAGUGUGACGAUGACCUCAGAAAUUACCGGAGAGGACCAUGAUUCCACGUUGAGCUUCAGCGAGUCUGAGGAUUAUUAUGAGGAGGCUUGUGCGAGCGAGCAGGCCUUCUCAGAGGGAAUGGAGGGAUCGGCGGGAGAUACACUCCAAAACGAUGGGAGGCAGUCUCCCACCUUAGCGCAUACCUUGUCACGCGGAGAAAACGCCGCUGAGCUCGCUGCUUCACAUUCGGGAAGCUGGACCACUUAUUACGUAAAGUCAUACGAAGGUGAGGACUCGCAAGAUGAAGAAAUCAGGUCCUACUCGCGAUCGCAGAAGGGGUCAGUGGUCAUCCGUGGGGACAGUCAAGAACUUCUGGAAGCCGUCUCAGCACAGGCGCCGCUACCGACGCCACCCCCGGGGGCGGCGGUCUUUACCACAUUGGAGUCAACACUGUACAAGAUGUUAUUCUUUGAGCAGUCCCUUCGAAAGUUGCUCAGCACAAUAGACUUUGACCACUUUCCGCGGUCGCUCCCACAGGAACAGAAGGGACGACAACUGGCAGAGGCCCGUGACCAGCUAAUUGAGAAGGAACGGGCUCUGCGGAAUAAGAAGUCCGGUGAGCCAUCGAUUUCUGACCUCCGUGACAAUGACGCAACUGUCAUUGUUGAUCAAAUCCAGCAUUUGCUCUUGGAAUGUGAGAACACCAAAGGGCUAUUUCAACGCGUGUACGAAAGAAAGGCAAGUGUUUCUGGGAAGGAACGUCUUCUUCAGCAACGCCUCAGUGAAUUAGAAAGUCGGCAACGUGAAGUUGGUGAAAGGCGGAAGGUGUUGACCGCACUAGAGAGCCGCUUGGAGGAACAGGAGUCGGCUUUGCUGAAGCGUGAGGGGAAGUACAGGAGUGAACUGGAAGCUCAUAAGGAGCGCGAUAGUAUGCUGCAGGGGCGCAUUGGUGAGGUUGAGAGUCUAACCCGUAAGGUUUCAUCAUGGAUGAAAAUACUUGAGGAACGCGACGCGGAGAUGGCUGCAAAGGAGCAGCGGCUGCGCCGGGUGCAGACAGAUCUUCUACGUCGCUCAGAGGGGUUACUUUGUUAUCGCAAUGGAAAGGCGAAGGAAUCCGCCAGGAUUCCCCCGCGUUUGGAAAAGACGCCCUAA